AUUUAAAGAAUGAUAGCGGAUCAUAGCGAAAUUGAGAUGAGCCUUCACAGCAGUCUGAACGUAAUAUCCAAACAUUACAAAGACGACCAAGAUGAUGCAAGCGAAGAUAAGGUUGAAAUAUGGGACGGAGUUUGGAAAUUAAUUGCCCUCACAUUCUUUUCCGCAGGGGGUCUUCUGCUAAGAAAAUCCACUGACACCAUGAACUAUUUUGUGAUUGGUAGAUUUGGAGAUCCUGCCUUAGUUUCAGGAGCAGCACUUGGAAAUAUCACAACUUCAAUGACGUCAUUGUCUCUUGGAGUUGGAUUCACAGGAGCUAUCGAGACUCUUUCUUCACAAGCAUUUGGGAAUAAAUAAGAACUGUUUAGCAGGCUUAUAUUUCACAAGAGCUCAAGUAUUCUUCACGUUUGCAUUGAUCCCGAUCUGCAUCUUUCUAUGGAAUUGUGAGUCCUUCUAUAUUUAUGUUGGACAAGACCCAGAAGUAGCUCAGCAUGCUGCAGUGUACAUCAGAGCGUUUCUGCCAGCAACUUGGAUGUUUUGUCAAUGAGAGUGUCUCAGAAAGUUCCUUGCAGCUCAGGGAGAUUUCACCUUCAUGGCUCGGAUUCAAGUUUUAACAGCUGUUUUACACCCUUUCUGGCUGUUUUGUGCAUACUAUUUUGAUUUAUCUAUAAGAGGAGUUGCUUUCUCAUCAAUGAUCACCCAUAGCUUGAAUUUUCUGAUCCCGUACAUCUGGAUCUGGAUUGACAACUCCAAGGUGAAGCCAGGGAGCUGGAACAUGGUUGAUAAAGAAUCUUUCAAAGGAAUGUACGAGUUCCUUUCAUUAGCAAUUCCAUCAUAUCUUAACAUUGCUCUUGAAAUUUGGAGUUUCCAGACAAUGCAUAUUAUGUGUGGAUAUCUUGGGGUAGCUCAGCUUGGAGCUAGUGCGAUCACAGGAAACCUCUUCUCAGUAUCUUUCAUGAUUCCUUUAGGAAUCUCUUUUGUCUCUUCAAGUCUAAUCGGGAACAGUUUGGGCGCAUCAAAGCCAAAAUCAGCUAUGACUUACACUAGGAUUGCGCUAAGUUUGACAUUUAUAUUCUCUACAAUUAAUGUUACCUUACUAUUUUUGCUCAGAAAACAACUAGCACAUCUGUUCACGACUGAUGAGGGGAUAUCAAGUUAUAUCAUUACUUCAAUGCCUGUGUUCAUUUCUUAUCUCAUUGGGGAUUAUCUCCAAUGCACGAUGGGAGGAAUCAUUAAAGCAAUGGGAUUACAGAGAUACUGCACUCCAAUCUGACUCAUCGGAUACUGGAUUCUGUCAGUCCCAAUCGGAUAUUAUCUAGCAUUCUGUAAAAAUUUGGAUAUGAAAGGAGUUUGGGCAGGUAUGCCAGUUGCUAUGCUCUUUAUAUGUGUCUGCUUUUCCUUGAUUAUAUUCUCAAGAGACUAUGAAAAGCUUUCGGACCAAAUUGUGCUCAAACUUGAGAAGCAAAAGUCUCAAAAUCAUGACAAAAAUUUAGAUAAAAGCGAAGUGAAUCCAUAAUAUCCAUUAAUAUUCAUCAAUUACCAA